AAUACCUUAUGUGUGUGUCGAAAUGAUGUAUUAUAGAUUAGGCAAUGCGAAUGGAAUCGAAAUUGAUCGUCUCUCUAAGAAGCUAAGAUAUAAAGUACGACAUAUAAAGACAAGAAGGUUGAAAUGGAAAACUAGAAAGGGAAGGGGGAAAAAAAUAAUAAGAAGGAAAGAAUAAAGUGGAAGGGAGAGAAAGUAGGGAGAGAAGAGAAGGAUAGGGAAGGGAAAGCAAUCAAGAGGGAGAAAGAGACUGGAUGAUCUGUGAAUAAGUAUCGGGUAAAGAUUCGGUAUCGUUUUGUCUAUUAAGGCCUUGUUUCUGUCUUUUAAUAUGAAUCAUUUUAGACACCAAUCUCUUAUUGUAAGAAGAUUCGCAGUCCAAAAUUCUCACAUCAUUCCAUUUGAAAUUAUGAUCAAAAUUGAUUCGAUGAUCAGUUAUGACAGUAGGAGAACCUGUAUUCUUUUUGAUGUCAGAGAUACGUUCGUGUAGUCUCGUGCUCAAUUUUCUCUUUGUCUGACCAACACUCGCCUCGGCAACAUAACUUCGGCUAUCUCUGAUUAGAGAAAUUGAAAUUUAAUUUUUCGAUUUCUCGAUCAGAACUUGACUGAGGUAUCGAUAUCUCGAAAUCGAUUCAGUCGAUUUCAGCGCGUUUGCCACAUACCACUAUUGCUAACAAUGGCAGAUUGAUAGCAGGUAGCAAUUGCAAACACCUGAUGUGUCAAGCAUCAUCGUGAUGAAUUCAAAAUAAUCGUGAUGACGGUGAAGGAGAGAUUGGAGGCGUAUAGACGCAAGAAGCGCAGACAGGAAAUGAUGGAAUCGAUCAAGAACAUAAUGAGAAAUAUAUUUUCAUGGAAUCGUGAAAUCAGAAUCGAGAAAUUUGAAGAAUCGAUGAAGGAGGAGCAGGUUAAACUGUGCAAACAGUCUGUGGAUGUCGAAGAGGAUGUCCAGGAGGUCGACGUUCAAGAGGAGGACAACACGCAGGAAUCGCAAAGUACAGUGUUAAAACGAGUAAUCUAUUUAUUAUACUUUCUGUUAUGGGCCACGUUAUAUAUGAUUGCAUUGGAGUACGAGUUUGGUGCUGUCUACUUCAUACUGUCAGCUCUGAUCUUUAUCUGCUUGAACACCAGAUCUGGGCCGAAACGACGCGGCGAACCCAGCGCUUAUUCUGUCUUCAAUCCGAAUUGUGAGGCGAUAGAGGGUACUCUCGAUGCAUCACAGUUUGAAAAAGAAAUAAGAUAUGGUAUAGGAGGGAUACGAUGAAAUUGACAUAAAUCAGGAAAGUCUGAAUACAGAUUUGAUGUUGUUCGCAUCCCGAUCUAUUUUACGUCAUGAUUGGAUUAUUUAAUGUGGAAAUGAAUAUGUAACAUUUUCAUUGUCAGAUAAAUAGCUUUACGAUUUAAAGCUAAAGUAAUGUUACAUGAGCA